AUGCUACGUCUUCCAAUUCGCGCUUUGACGGUGCGCAAACAGCAUGGUUUUUCGUCGGCUGACCGACUGCGCAAGCUAUUCUCCACGGGAGGCAACGUACUUCUUACUAAGGAGGAAUUGGUGCUACCCAACCAUAUCAAAUUUCGCAUGCCUGAUUUGGAUUUUAAGGAAGUCGGCAAUAGUGCAGGUGCAACGACGCUCACGAAAUGGUACGUACAGGAAGGCACGGCCGUGAAAGAUGGCACGCACAUGUGCGAGAUUGACACGCCAGAUUUGUCGGUCCAACUUGAGUCUGGAGACAAGGGAUUUAUUGCACGAUUGCUGGUUAAUGAAGGAGCUAAGAAUGUUGCUCCGGGCCAACCGUUGGCCAUCAUUGUACCCACGGCGGAGGACAUCGAGCCAUUUGCAAAGUUUUUGGCUGAAAAUCCGCAUUGCAUCGAAGGGAAUGCCAAGAUGAAGAGUACGGCUAAAUUAAUGGGACUUGAUAGCUCGCUGACAUCUUCUACUGCUACACCCACAAAAUGCGCCGCAUCAAGUGAUGUCUUGCGAAUGCUGAAUAAAUUGCACAAGGAGGGUUUUUUUGGCGAUGAAAAGUCGCUGAAGGUACUAAAGUCGAUGGCUCGCAAGAACGAUGAACAGCUUCUUACAACAUAUAAAGCCAGCUACGAAGAUGGUGUGAUGGAAGAAGCGGCAUUUGAUAAGAUGUUUUUUGUUGAAAAUGCAUUGGAGCUCGCCGAAGAAUCCACAGCUUAUCAUGAUGCAACUUAA